CUCUCUCCCUCCGGCCGUUCCUCCCUCCCGCACGGCGUCGUCCUAAGCCUCCCUUCAUCUCCCCGCCGACAGAGGCAGCCGAAUCAGAGCCGUCUCGUCACAUGCGGCUUUUCCUCGCCAAGCCGGGAACCACUCCGCUGACCGGCAUGUGCGUGUGUAUGGUGAGGACGAACCCACAGCGGUCUGUCACGGAGGAAAACGUACACAGGGAGGUGAACUUCCUGCUGAUCAAGAACGGCGACGACCCGGCCAUCCUGCUUCGUUCGGUCCAGAAGCUCCUGAGUAAGAUCUUCGUGCCGGCGGUCAGGGUCAAUCCGUCUGACCUCGACACCUCGGCCAGCGGGGUCAGCGCCAGGGACCACCUCCUGGCUGGGCUCAGGUCAUUCGCUUCUUGUCUUCAUGUGUCGAAAUCCAUCAUGGCGGAGCGAGUGAUCUUGGCGCCGCCCGAAGAGAGGUUGGACGAAGUGAGGUCCCUCUCGGACGCCCAGAUGGUCCUCACUCAGCCAGACCAAGUGCAGGCCAUCGAGAGGACGGUGCUCAUGUGGCUCAAGCAGAUAGAAUCGGUCCUGAUCGAGAUGGAGCAGCUGCGGCAGGAGACAGACGACGCAGGCCCUCAGGACGAGCUGGAGUACUGGAAGCGAAGGAUGGCCAAGUUCAAGUACCUGUCAGAGGAAAUGGAAACGCCACAGGUACGGGGGUCCGUCCUAGUGCUCCAGCUCGCGAGAUCAAAAGUCCUCAAGGCCUGGAAGGAGACAGAUGCCAGAGUGACCCAAAAUUUAGCCGAAGCCAAAGACAACGUCAAGUUUGUGUAUGCUAUUGAGGAAUAUUGCCAUCCGCUGUAUCUUCAUGACCCGCCUGGCAUGACGCCUUACAUAAUGAUGCUCUUCAACACAGUCCGAAUGAUACACUCGAUUUCAAGAUACUACAACACGUCCGAAAAACUGUCAGCUCUUUUGAUUAAGAUCACGAACCAGAUGAUAAGGUCAUGUCAGGUCUACGUGUCAUGUCAAGGCCUCGAGACGAUUUGGUCCCAGCCGCGCAAGGACGUUCGGGAGAAGAUCCAACACUGUUUGAAACUUAGCGCCACUUAUCGGAAUGCUUAUCAGAAGACUAAGGUAAGGGAAGGUUUUUGUGGUGGGGUUAAGGGAAAGCUACCUUUCGAUUUGUCGUUUUUGGCGAGUCAGAUAUAAUGUUUAUGAAAAGUAUAUGUAGAGAAAUGUCUCUAUAGUGAUUAAUAGUUUUUUUUUUUCUUUCUUUCUUUUGGGGGGGUACUGCUGA